UGCAAGAGAGUGGAAAAGGAAUCCAAGUAAAAACAUCAACACAACGCAGCCUCCUCCUCUCGUCUCUCACUCACUCGCUUUUUUCUUGCCCGCCACCACCACGAUCAUCACGCAAUGAACAUCUCACACCUUACACUGGAUUCCCACACGCUCUUCAACCCUCAACGCCCUUCAUUCUCCUUUCUCCGUUGCACAUCUCGAAACGUCGUCGUAUGCUCAUCCAAGUCCGUAGCCCCUCCUCUUCCGCCCAAGCUCGCCACCGCCCAAUCCUCCGACGGUCGAAUCGGGUCUCUCAGUCAGGUCUCUGGCGUCUUGGGUUGCCAAUGGGGCGAUGAGGGCAAAGGCAAGCUCGUCGACAUCUUAGCUCAACACUUCGAGGUCGUUGCUCGUUGUCAGGGUGGAGCUAAUGCUGGGCAUACCAUUUACAAUGCAGAAGGAAAGAAGUUUGCUCUUCAUCUUGUUCCUUCUGGUAUUCUUAACGAGGAUACCCUUUGUGUUAUUGGGAAUGGAGUUGUGGUGCAUCUUCCGGGGCUCUUUAAGGAAAUUGAUGGCCUUGAAUCGAGUGGGGUCUCUUGCCAGGGGAGGAUUUUGAUAUCUGAUCGUGCUCACUUGUUGUUUGAUUUCCACCAAGAAGUUGAUGGGUUAAGGGAAGCCGAACUUGCUAAAUCUUUCAUUGGCACGACCAAGAGAGGCAUUGGGCCAUGCUACGCUAGCAAGGCUAACCGUAAUGGUAUUAGGGUAAGUGAUUUGAGGCACAUGGAUACUUUCCCGCAGAAGCUUGAUGUUUUGUUAUCAGAUGCAGCAUCAAGGUUCAAAGAUUUUAAAUAUGGUCCAGAAAUGCUCAAGGAAGAAGUAGAAAAGUACAAGAGAUAUGCUGAGAGGCUGGAACCAUUUAUUGCAGAUACUGUGCAUGUCAUGAAUGAUGCUAUAACACAAAAGAAGAAGAUUUUGGUUGAAGGAGGUCAAGCAACCAUGUUGGACAUUGAUUUUGGAACUUAUCCAUUUGUUACGUCGUCUAGCCCGUCAGCUGGUGGGAUAUGCACUGGUCUUGGUAUUGCUCCAAGAGUUGUUGGUGACUUAAUAGGAGUGGUGAAAGCGUACACUACAAGAGUUGGUUCUGGUCCCUUUCCAACAGAAAUUUUGGGUCCAGGGGGUGAUCUCCUUAGAUUUGCUGGGCAAGAGUUUGGUACAACUACUGGUCGUCCUCGACGAUGUGGUUGGCUUGAUGUAGUUGCGCUGAAAUACUCCUGCCAGAUCAAUGGUUUUUCAUCGUUGAAUCUCACUAAGCUAGAUGUUUUAUCAGAUCUUGAUGAGAUAAAGUUAGGAGUCUCUUAUAAACAUGCUGAUGGUACACCAGUCAAAUCAUUCCCUUCAGAUCUCCGUCUUCUUGAGCAAUUGGAGGUGGAAUAUGAAACACUUGCUGGAUGGAAAUCUGACAUCUCUAAGAUCAGAAAAUAUUCUGACCUUCCGAAGGUUGCCCAGCAGUAUGUGGAAAGGAUAGAAGAACUUGUUGGUGUCCCCAUUCACUACAUUGGUGUUGGGCCAGGACGCGACGCCCUCAUAUUCAAGUGAUCUAUUACUCAUUCCUCAGAUGUCACAGUUGUGCUUUCAUGCUUCUAAAGGCAAAUUGAGGUUUUUUUGUGGAAGAAGUAACUUGUUCCCUCCAACUUUUGGAGGUUUGGGAUGAAACAUAUUCAUAGUGACUAGUGAGGAUUUGCCUAAUUGAUGUAUUAUUCUGUUAUCUAUAAGCAGUGGUAUUGUUAGAUUUCUGCAGUAAUUUGAUAUGGGGGAUUUACCGUAUAA